ACUUCGCUGCGGCGGCUCCCUUCGGGUCUCAAGGCGCCGGCGCGGCCAUUGCGUCCCGCCCCUGCCCAUGGCCGGUGUGCGGGGCGCGCCUGGGCAGAAGCUGUGAGGACCUUCCCGUAAAGCAGCAACUGGGGAACCCGCCGCAGCCGCCUCCAGGAUGGGUACAGUGCUAUCCCUGUCGCCCGGCGGGUCUGGGAAGGGCAGCCAUGGGGUGCUCGGCGAGAAGGCGGCUCCGGGCAGAGCUCACGGCAAAGGCGAGAGCCGCUUGAAGCGGCCCGGCGUUUUGAUUUCUGCCCUCACCUGGAAGCGCCUGGUGGCCGCCUCUGCCAAAAAGAAGAAGAACGCGAAGAAGGUGACGCCCAAGCCGGGCUCCGGAGGCGCCUCGGAUCCUCUGGUGCAACAACGCAACCGCGAGAACGUGCGCAAGUCCCAGCCGGACGGCACCAAACAGGGUCCCUUGGCUGUCCCGGUGCCAACUGUGCCCGUCUCGGUCCAAGACAACGGAAAACCGCCGCCGCCCCCGCCGCUGCCCAGCAACCGCUCGGCCGCGGGCUCCCCGCGGAGAGUGAUCGUGCAGGCUUCGACGGGCGAGCUCCUCCGCUGCCUCGGGGACUUCGUGUGCCGCCGAUGCUACAGGCUCAAGGACCUGAGCCCCGGCGAACUCAUCGGCUGGUUCCGCAGCGUGGAUCGCUCGCUCCUGCUCCAGGGCUGGCAGGACCAAGGCUUCAUCACCCCCGCCAACCUCGUCUUUGUGUACCUGCUGUGUCGCGAAGCGCUGCAAGGCGACCAGAUUGGCAGCCAGGCGGAGCUUCAAGCCUCCUUCCUCACUUGCCUCUACCUGGCCUACUCCUACAUGGGCAAUGAAAUCUCCUACCCGCUCAAGCCCUUUCUGGUUGAGGGUGACAAGGAGCGCUUUUGGGACCGCUGCCUCUCCAUCAUCCAGGGCCUGAGCGCCAAGAUGUUGCAGAUCAACUCUGACCCGCACUUCUUCACGCAGGUCUUCCAGGACCUCAAGAAUGAAGGCGAGGGGGUGUCCACAAAGGACUCCUCCAGCACCAACAAACACUGGACUAUAAGCUUGGACCGUUAGGAAAUUCGGGGGGGGGGCUCCACAACACCCCCAACCUUCUAGAAAGAGCUCACCUCUUCAUCCCCUUCUCACCCAAAGGCUUGACUCAACUAGGGCUUCCCCUGGAAGAAUUAAAACCAGGGGUGGGGAUUGGGGAGCUGCGGGGGGGGGGGCAUAGCCCUUAGUCAUCCUCUUUUGUACAGGUAGCAUCAUGGAACUGCUUCCCAUUCUGCCCCACAAGCCUUUGGUAGGGUUUGGUCUGUGUAUGGGGAUGGAGGAGGUUUGCUACAGCCACCCUUUCAACACUCCAUUUGGGGGGGGACACACCCAGAAUUACAUCAAGCCCUUUUCACAACUGCAGCAACUAGAUGAUUUGAGGAUAGGUAAGAUGGGAUGGUUUGGCCCAUAUUGUAUCUUUCAUCUAUGAGCAGAAUCAAUCUUUGCUAUCACAGCAAGCUGCCAUGGACAGUGUGGAUACAUUUAGGGCUAUAUAUAUAGCCCUAAAUAUAUGUAUAUGCAUUGGGGGAGGGUGUCCUUUUCUCUUUCUUCCAAAUGGGAGAAUCCCUAGACAUAUUAAUGGAUCAGCCUGAGGCAUUAUUUAUCGGUAAGGUUCUGACUAGUGCGGGAGAAAACAGCGGCUAUGCCCUUGUUUGAGAAAACCCAACCUGUCCGCCUGAUGGUUUGGGUCUCCCUGCUGCUACUGUGAAUCACAGUACAGACAGGGAAUUUAUUCCCCUCCACCCACCCCAGUUAAAGAAAUCCCUGCAUGUAUUUAUCCUUCCUGCUGUUGGAGCUCUGCCAUAGUGGUUCUAAAAAAAAAAAGAUAAUGGUCACAAAAGACCGUUUACUGCAAGUCACCUGCCUUUUGUAAUUUUCCUUUCUUUUCAUCUUGGCACAAGGGGGGGGGGGGGGGUGUGUAUUCAUUCCCAACACUGAAAAUAAGUGCUGGGGAAGCUCUGCUGCUAUCCUUCCAAUGCUCCUCCACUUGACCUGUUCUCUCCAUCCUGCUACCCCCACCCCUCAACCGCCUCCCAUCUAAAGCAGAGGCUGGGAGCUGUCCAUGGUGCUAGCCUCUUAGACCUAUGUAGACAUUUGCACAUUCUUGAAGCUGAAAAAAAAUCAAGCCAUCUCAUGGUGUUUGAAUGUAACAGAACAAUGUCUGACUUAUGGGAUGUUUGUGCCAAUGUUGCUCAAAUGUACAAUAACAUAUUGUUUUAUAUUGUAUAUUUAAAAGAGAUAAAAGUAAUGAGUCUAAACAGAACUCCAAAACCGUUCGAUAUUGAGAGAUUCAGCUGUACUAGGAGAGAAUACUAAAUGCAUUGGAUCUAUGAGAACCAGGGAAAAGGGAUGCAAGCAAUAGCAAUUCAUGCUGAGGCUUUACUUCAGGAUGGAGGAGGCAUUAGUAGCUGGCUGAUGAUUUCCUAAAUGGCUGUGUUGGCAGGAGAUCCCAGACUUGCUAAUGGGAUUUGAUAUUGAAUUGCAGUCCAUCUUAUUACAGAGCCCUUUUAGGCAAGGACAUGCUCUGUGUGUUAAGAUUUGGCCUUAACAAAUCUCAGUUAAAAAAAAAGAAAUUAAAAAAAAAACUGAUUUAACUACUAAAAUGUCUGCAAAUGUAAUUGUUGAUAAAAUAACAAAUUCCUUGCCCACCUGCUUUAUUGUUUGACAUGUUAUCCUCUGUAACUCAGGCCACUUAAAGAGGCCAUCAAAGUUGGACCUAUUUUGAAUUGUUUCUAAUUUCAAAAACUAAAAGUAAUCCAGAAUUUUUCCUACUGGCAUCCUGAUCUUCUUUCAAAGGGCAUCUAGUAAAAAUGGUACAUUUAUUAAGAAUACGUUGAUAGUUUUUUGUCCUCUCCUUCCAGAUAAGAAGUAUGCUUUCAGUUUGGCAUCCUUAAUUGCUGACCCUCUGAAGAAUGCUGAUGGGCAGGUGUCUCUGCUGUGCCUUAUUAUUCUUUAAUAUUAUUUUAGGGUGGCAGGCUUGGGUUACUUUGCUUCUUCGGUCUCUCUAUUGCCUCUGUCGCAGACGUUUUUCUUUUCCAAUUUUCAUUUCAUAAAGUGCUAUGAUAGCACUGCAUAAAAGAUUUAUUAUGUUCUCAACCCUAUUUUUUUUAACAAAAAGGUGGAAUUUGAUCAACUAUUCUGUUAUUAACUGGAACUGUCAACAAUUUUCAGAUAAUUUUGUUUUUUCAUGAAGGAGUUUACUGCACCAUUUCACAUCAAACAGGCAAAAAUAUAGCAGCAGAAAUUUUAAGAGGAAUUCUUUUUUUCACAACAGCAUUGAAGUUCGCUGUCCAUCUAGUUAAGACCUCUUAUGGAUUCUUGCUGUGAUGGAGAAGUCCAUAGUGAUUAGUUAGCUGAUAGGAUUAGUUGGUAAAACUUAGCUGAUAGGGUUAAUUGCUACAAGUUAAUAAACAAUUUGACUCAUGUUUUAACCAAGUCAAAAUGGUUUAGGAAUUUAUAGACUGAUUUUUGAGCUUGACAUAAAAUAAUUUAGAGAAGACUGCUGAUUCUGGAUUUACAAAGAUCAGCAGAGAAACCAAGUCCUCAAUUCAAAAGAUUCUACCUUGCCUCAUGACGCUGUCUCUGUAAUUUUGAUUUGAAAAGGGUUUUGAUCCCAGAAUCCUGGCUCUGCAUGUGUUAAACAACAAUGGAAGACAGCAGGAUGCCUGCUGUUUUUGUAAGAAAGUUAUGCUAUUUCUUCUUCUUUGCAUACCUCUCUGAAGGAUUACAUUAUCAGAAGUUUAAGCUUUGACAUUUUGGCAAAUAAUUCAAAUAAUAAACUUGAAAAAAUGGUGAACAGAAAAGAGGAGUUUUGUUUCAGAAGCAUGUUCUUAAUUAUAGUGCAGAUGAGUUGUUAUUAUUAGGUAUAAGUAAGUAUAAGUAUAAUCUUUAUUGUCAUUGUACUUAAAUACGAGAUUGGUUAGUAUUAUUAGUAGUUACUCUUCUGAAGUUAGCCUGCCAAUUUGGAUACCUGUGUUUUAAUACACCUGACGUAUAUAUAUAUAUUUUUUUUAAAAAACACGCUUGAGCUAGAAUAAGAGAUCUGGGUCCAGAUCAAAGUUACAAAACAAUUCACCAUUUACAUCUUGUAUUCUACAAACCUAUGCUGACACUGAUACUUGUUCCUACUUCUGCUAACAUAUAGUUAUUCUGUUUUUAAUUUGAAUAUUGUUGAAGUUAUUUGAACUCAAAUUUCAAUGGAUCAUAUUCUUUGCCUCAAGACUAGCAAUAUAUUCAGGGUAGUUUCCUCCCAUAUGGGACUUUUUAGGGUUGUCCUGAUUGCAGUCUUCAGCAGGGAGUUUUCAUCUCAACCCAUUUCGGAAUCUUUUUGCCUGCCUUCUUGGUCAAGUGCUGAAAUGCUGUGAGUAUAUCUCUCUUUUUUGUAGCAUUUAAGUAUUUACAUAUUGUUUAUUUUUAAAACCCCACUGUGAUUUAUAAUAACAUAACUACAUAUAUAAACAACCCAAUGAUUAUGAAGAAACAGCAGUUGAAGAAUACCAACAUACAUUCUAAAAGAGGCAAUGGUUAUAUCAUUAUUGAGGGUAGAGAAGAGGUCACUCCAUAAGGCAGAUGUAACUGCAGAGAACAGCAUAUGCUCUCUAACUGAACUUGCAAAUCAUAGCAAGGCCCUCCCUGAAAAUCAAAGAUGACUGAGGGCUGAUGUAAUUGGAGCGAUUUUUCAAGGUAGCGGUGUGUGCUACAUUUAGGACGUGUCUAAAUGAUUGUACAGUUCCGUUUAUUUAUUUAUUUUGCUGAUUCGCUUUCCCCUCCCCUGCUAUGUGUUGAAUGAAAAUGAUUUUUCAGCAGGCAACAGUUUUUAAAGAGAAGUGGCAAAUAUAUCUGAAGAUGAGAAAAAAUAGAAACUACAAAUUAUACAGAAUGUACAGCUCACAGGGGCUCCUUCCAGAAAGUUCUUUCAGAGAAGAUUAUCAUUAUGGUAUCAACAGUUUAUUUCAACAGGGUUUUUCUUUAAAAUUACCGUAGUUUUCGCCGUCUAUGGUUAUGGAGGUCCAGAACUGAUGAAUUCAGUUCAAGGGCAAGUUGUUGUCUCAUAUAUGGUAAACCAGUAAGUAUGGGCAGACUUCUCAAGGAAAUACCUUUGAGUCUUGCUUUCACUAUCCAGCUUUCCUGGUAAUAGAGAAGGUGUCCUAUCCCAAAUGGUUUUCUUGAGUUCUUGGGCUACUAGCAUUUCAUCUUUCUAUUCUUAACCUGAAUCAGAGAUCCAACCACUGCUGGGUCUGCUAUAAUGCCCAUCAUCACUAUUGCAAGCCCUCAACACAGCUGACCACUAUGCCUUCCUGCUGGCCAAUAUGGGUACACCAAAAUCAGCUUGGUAGUGAGUGUGAGAGAGAGAGUACAUGAAGGGCAGCUAUCUGAAUGAUCACAGGAAGCCCUUUGUUAGAGCGCUGAGAUUCUAUGAGAAGUUAGCUGGAGGGGUUAGCUAAGAAGCCAAGAGGAGGUAGUUCUGGGAUUUCUUAUCAAUGGGAAAUUGAUUCAGCACCAAGUACAGUAACUUUUUGCCAUUCAACAUUUUGGAGAGUCAAGUUGCGAGAAAAUUGGUUAGACUGCUUAGAAGGAUCAUACCAUGGGAAGCCAGGAACACAGUGCUACUGUAAGCAAAAUCAAAGCCCUUUCAAAGUACCAUUCACAUUUUUGGGUUAUUCUCAGUUCUAAUUCUGGAUCUGUUCAUUGAUCAUACCUCCUACUUUGUCCUUUGAUUUUGACUGCUGCUUUGUCUCACAGCUUCAAGUUUCCCUCUCACUUCAGCCUCAACACCAUAGGUAGGGUGUUACCAUUAAUACCCAAAAAUGAUCUUUUACUGAUUUGAACCACUGGUUCAUCUACGUAUUGGCUGUUUUGAGCAACAGAAUUCACUCAGGUUUCCAACUGCAUGGUAUGCAAUUAAGAGAAUUUAACAGGUAUGGUUGACAAGUGGGUAAUGUAAGGAUUAAGGAACUUUUUUAGAAUGAGGAACUAUAGUUCUGUAUGGUGUUGCUUGUAAAACACCAUAGAGAAAACUUGCAGAUGUGGAUUUUGGAAUUCUUUCCAACCCCAGAAUACAGUAGUAACUAUUCUCAGUCAAAUGAUCAGGAAGUAGAGGGACUUAAGAAUGGAGCAAUUGGAAGCACUCCAGGGUUGUUUCCCAACUACUUCUCCUAUAAAUUGAAUUGGGAAUUAUUUUCCUUUUGGAUUUUUUACUCAGUUCUCAUUCCAUUGAGGUAUCCAAACUAGCAAAUUUGCUGUAUCAUUUAGACCACUUUUAUAAGCAAAGCAACCCAGUAAAGUCUGCAUGUAAAGCUGGACAGGGUGGGAGAUGGGAGAUGAGCUUUGCUACUUCAACAGAAUGUAUCAGGUAGUGGUAGCAAAAUUUUGGCUGAAGCAGUGUGCUUUGGGGGAUCGUGGACCUGGACCAAAAUGCCUUGAGCAUUGCAUUUUCUACUGCUGGACCAUGCUGACUGAGCAUGACUUCAUAACUCAUGAAUGUGUCAAUAAACAAUAUCGGACACCAGUCGUGUCCCUAAAUACUGUCUCCAACGUGAAACAUGGAGAAUUUUAUAAAUGUUGUGUCCUCUCAAUCACUGGAAUCUGAAAUCCAAUAAAGCAUUUGUUCUAUAAAAGAU